UGCGGCUGAUGUCACAGGCAGCAGCGGCAGCGCCAGUCAGUCCGGCGGAGCAGAGGACUGGAAUGAUGGCGACCGACAAAGCGACUCUCUUCAGUGAAACCUGACAACUGAAGCCGUCAUUAGAGAGCCGCCAACCAUGGAGCGGCCGGGCCUCCCCGACCAGGACCAGCUGCUGCAGUUUCUGAAGCGGCUGAAGGAGGUUUUUGAUGUCUGUGACGAGGAUGCUGACGGCUUCAUCCGGGUGGAGCACUUGAUGGACCUUGGGCUUCAGUUCGGUCAAGGAGACGAGGUCAAAAAGCUGACUAAGCAUCUGUGCCCCAAUGCUCACGGCAAAAUCAACUUUAAAGAGUUCUGCCAUGCAGUGUUCGCUAUCAAAGGUUUUGAGGAAAUAUUAAAGAUGGCGGUUAUCCCUCGGAGUCAGACAUCCCAGCACCAGUCAGUCACAGACAACGGCUACGUUUAUCAGAAUGGUGAGGUGCAGCUCGGCCCUCCUAUCAUCACAUGUACGCGAUCUUACCCAGAAUGCAGCGUGUACAACGUGAGGCGUGGAGCUGAGGCAGAGUGUGACAUGGACGGCGUUGCUGAAAACACCCACAGCUCUGACUCCCAAGAGACAUCACAGGACGGCCACAGACACGUGACUGGAUCGGUGUCGGCCCCUGCUGUCCCCAGAGAAGAGCAGUUUGAGGACUAUGGUGAGGGGGUGGAUGUAGACUUCAGCCCCAGCAGUCCUUGCCCUGAAGACGACAGCAGGACCAAUGGCUUCUCAGACCUGGGUUCCUCACUCCCUUCCAGUGCUGGUCAUACUCCUCAGAAGAUGCAGCAGCUGUACCACAGCGAUCUGCUCGACAUCUACUGUUCUCAGUGCUGCAAGAAAGUGAAUCUUCUCAAUGACCUGGAGGCUCGUCUUCGAAACCUCAAGGCAAACAGCCCUAACAGGAAGAUCUCCAGCACAGCGUUUGGACGUCAGCUGUUCCAGGCCAACCUUGGUGUUUUUGGCUCUAGUCAGGGCAGCAGCACAGAGGACCUGUUCACAGACAGCAUUGACUCCUGUGACCUUGACAUCACAGACAAAGUCAGUUAUCUGGAGAAGAAAGUGACUGAGUUGGAGAGUGACAGUUUGGCCAACAGUGACCUGAAGUCUAAACUCAAACAGGAGAACACCCACCUGGUCCACAGGGUGCAUGAGCUGGAAGAGCAGGUGAAGGAUGCUGAGACAAAGGCAGCAGAGACGCUGGGGGAGGAGAUGAAGCGCCACCGUGAGGCUUACAGCAAGAUGGAGAGAGACAGAAACACAGAAAUAGAUCUGCUCUGUUGCAGGGUCCAGCAGUUAGAAGAGGAGAAUGGAGACAUGAGCGUAAAUGUGAGCAGACUCAAGUCUCAGUCUGAGAAACUGGACCAGGAAAAGCAAAGGAUGACUGACAAACUGGAGGACACCAGUCUGAGGCUGAAGGAUGAGGUGGACCUGUACAGAAAGAUCAUGGAUAAGCUCUGGCACAACCGCCAUGAGUUUCAGAAAGAAAAAGAGGCCAUGCAGGAGUUGAUUGAUGAUCUGCGCCGGGAGCUGGAGCAUCUGCAGCUAUUCAAGUUGGAAAUGGAACAUCCUGGGAAAGGCAAAGGGUUGUCUGAGUUUAACGCCAAGACCAGAGAGACUGAAAUGGAACAUGAAGUCAGGAGACUGAAACAGGAGAACUUUAAGCUCAGAGACCAGAACGACGAUCUCAACGCUCAGAUUCUGAGUCUGAGUUUGUAUGAAGCAAAGAACCUGUUUUCCUGCCACACGAAGGCGCAGUGCCUCGCCGCUGAGAUCGACAACGCUUCGAGAGACGAGCUUGUCGACGCUCUGAAAGAACAGGAAGAGAUCAACCUGCGUCUGAGACAAUAUAUGGACAAAAUCAUUCUGGCCAUUCUUGAUCACAAUCCUUCCAUCCUAGAGAUUAAGCAGUAAACUUUACAUAUGUUGUCGUGUAGUAGUGGUAAUUAGCCAUGGCACCAGUUUCUAUAUGUAUGAAUGUUAGAAUGAAAGGCUUCAAACACUGAAUGGACUUGUCCAUGUUUUUUUUAACCUUUCCAGUCUUUAUCUUUUUAUUUAUUUAUUUAUUUUGACCCAAAAAAUGUAUUUGAACUUUUUUUAGCUCAUACGCUUCACCAAAUUUUGACAAAAACAAAUAUGCUGAGUCAGGACUGUUUGACAUAUUCUUUCAACAUAAUUUUAUUGAUCCACAAGGAAAUUAUUUUGUCCAAGUAACACAAAAAUACAGUAAAAUAUGAAUAAAUACAAUAAAAAAAAAGAAAGUAAAAUAGAGUAAAACCCCAGCUGUGCGCUGUGCCACAUCAGUAAUGUCUUUACAACACUGACUGUGGUGUAUUUGUUUUAUAUUCAGAGAGAAAUAUUCCUGACUCCAUCAUGUAGACGGUUCGACUGGGAUUAAUUCAUUUUUAGAGUAAGGAGCAUUUCAGGGUUUCCUCAGGCACUGCCUCCAUCUGAGGUUCCCUUUCUCACCUUCUAAUAUUUUAGCGUGUCUGAUCGAACACAACUGAAGGUUUACAAGCUGUAUGAUAUAUGCUCUAUAUAACAUUCAUUUCUUAUGCUCAUGGCAUAUGAGCCUAACGGUAGUUCCAGGUCUUCAAAGUGCCAAAAAUGGUGUGCCAAAUUGUUUCACUGAUUGAGAGAGAAAACAACAAAUAUCUGAAGUACCUUAUAUAAGCUGAACAGCUUGCUCAUCUCUUAAAGCCUGAAUGUCUGGACUUAGAUUGUGACACAUAUGUCACAUGUUUGUACUAUAAUCUAGGUUUUAUCUGACAGUGAGGGAAAUGUCAUCCAAAAGCUUUACCUUGCGUUUUUAGUUGUUUGUGUUUCUAAGACUAAAGAAGAGUUUGUCCCAUUCUGCUCCCCUUACUGUCACAACGUCACUUUGUCGGUUCUCACCUGCCUGGCAAGGAGUUAAAAAAACCUGCUAGCAAAUAAAUCUGGAUCCACUUAAAUGAUGAAAUGAAAAUAAAUGUUUUAAUGGAAAUCAAGCACAUUUUAGACACCCAGGUUUUUCACCAAUUCCAGUUGUUAAUUCUCAGAAAAGCUCUGUAGUUCCUGUAGGAAACAAUAAAUGAAACAAAGGAACAGCAACAUUUGACACCAUUCACUCAUUUUGUCCAGCCUAAGCAUCCUGAACCGGUCCAACACACAGUGAACCACUUCUUAGAUUUAUGUUGUAAAUAUUCUCUCUUUAACCAAUGUUAAUAAGAUAUUGUACUCAGAUCACUUUCAAACUUAUGCUCACUUUGUCACUUUGAACAGCUAUGUAAUCAUGUUACAGCAGUCCACAGUUGUGAGUGAGGAAUGCAGUUACUGACCUGCAGAAAAAAGCUCUACAUCCUUUAACAAAUACAAGUAUUUUUGUGUUGCACUAAUUUUGUGAUUUCUUCUUUUUCACUUCUUGUAUUCAGUUGUAAAACAGAAAAAGGCAGUUAUGUCAUAAGUUGUUUGACCUUAGAUUGAAUAGUUUUGGUUAUGAUCUUUAUUUAAUAUUGCUGUACCUUGCCAUUAUGCUUUUCAUUUAUUUAUUAUAAAUGUCGUACAGAACCAGUUCCACUGUUUCUGUGAGUCGCUUCAUUUGCUCAAACUGUUUUUGUUUUGUGACACAAAAUAUGUAGAUUGAUGUACAGCAUACUUAUCCAUUUAAUAAGUAUAUUAAACCUGUUGGAUAUCGCCUGUCACAAUGCACAUGUGUUCAUUUUGUUUUUGCUUAAUUGUGUAAAUAAAAUCAACUUGCUUUGG